CUCAUUAAUAUUAGUUUUACUCUAAUUUAAGAAACAUUAAAGUUUUGAAUUUUGACUUCAAAAGUAUUAAGGCUGCAAGGAGGAAGAAGUGCCGAUCGGUACUAUUUGUAUGGUCACGUCACUUGACUUAGAGGCGGUGCAAUCACCCCCUCCAACGUCGGGCCUUCCUUUUCUCCAACGUCGAAACUGCCAUGUGCACCUGUCAGCCUGUACAUAGUCGAAUUUAAUUAUUUCCCCUCUAGAAUUCCAUCAAUCAUCAAAACUUAGUCUAAACCAACUAAAUUUAUUUAUCCAGUUUCCGUUCAAUCAGGACCAGAAUCCAUUCGACGUCCACUGUUCCCCCAGCUCAAUAAGACGGGACAGAUCUUUCGCAGCAGACCCUCUUUCGAACUUGGCAUUGGUGGUUAACGGGGCGAAAACGGGGCUCUUCUGUCUUAUCGGAGCCACCAAUCUGUCGUCAUCGAUCGUAAAAUCCCCAGCACAAGCGGAUUCGACGAGCACGAUUUUCAUUUUAUUCUUUUUAUCUAGUAGUUUCCUCCGAUUCUUCCACAAUGUCUUGGGAACUCACCCGGCGCCGCUUUUCUCGAGCAGUCAAUAGCAAAUUCAUAUUCGACCGCAUCCCUCUUCUUCAUGCUGUCAUAUUCUUUAUCGAGAUGGCUAUCAUGGCGCGCUUGGUGUCGCGUUUCAACGCCUACUAUGAUGAACGGCCAGUACUUACAAUGAUGGUGACGAACGCCGUCCUUGGAGGUAUUGCCGAUACCGUAGCGCAAACGAUCACAUCCGUCCGAGAACGAGCCCUGCGAAAGCCCGGCGGCCUUUCAAAAGACGAUACGGCAGCGAUCGAGAUUCACGAGCUAGAUCGCAAGAAUCCUUGGACCGAACGGGAUCUGAUUCCGGAUUCUAAGGCUCUCCCACCGCCCUUCGACUUCGAGCGAUUGACGAGAUUCAUGGCGUAUGGUUUCUGCAUGGCUCCUCUCCAAUACAAGUGGUUUAGCUUCCUCUCACGGGCAUUCCCUAUUACGAAGAACAGCGCAUUCGCCCCAGCGAUGAAGCGGGUGGCUCUCGACCAGCUAGUUUUUGCCCCAUUCGGCAUCGCUUGUUUCUUUACAGUCAUGACCGUAGCAGAGGGGGGUGGCCGUAGGGCGGUUGUUCACAAGCUUAGGGACAUGUACAUUCCAACUCUGAAGGCGAACUACAUGAUUUGGCCUGCCGUACAGGUCAUCAACUUUAGGUUAAUGCCGGUUCAGUUCCAGCUACCUUUCGUCUCUACCGUUGGUAUUGCUUGGACCGCAUACCUUUCGCUGACGAAUGCUUCUGAGGAGCCUGAGCAAAAGACGGCUCCUUACUCUCCUAAUAUUCGUCUUUAGUGAGUAAGUGAAAACGAUCGGUCCGUGUGGAAAAGACUACUAGACUCUUCCUUCGCUGUAUAUCAAAUUCGUUGAAACGAUGUGUCGGCAGGCGUUACGGCAUCGGAGAGCGUGGUCUUGGUGGGUUAAUCGAUCAUCAAUCGAUAUGAUCGAUAUAGUAUAGGUGGGUAUUGGAUGGGCGCAUUCGUUCUUGGAUUGAAAAGAUAAAAUUAGCGGCUUGGGUAUAACCUUGUACUUACGCUGAGUAGACGCAAGAAAUCAGAAGCAUUAUCUGCAUGCAUGUCUCGACUAGAGAAUGUCAUUGGAUAAUUCGGAGAGAAUAUUACCUAUUAUCACAUGAAACCGUAAUACGAUAGUAUGACCCAAUGAUUGAUUCAUAGGUAUGUAUGGAGAGCUGAGGGAGAAAAAUAAGGCGACACGACAAUC